CUUCGUACAAACAACGUAAUCCGCAUAUCUAAGCGACAAAUUUACAGAGUAAACUUCGUGGCACUGAAUCUCCAAAACAUGGCUUCUACGAAUAAAAUAAUUGAGCUUUCCUCGCUUAUCGCGAGGGAAACGGCGUUAAUCAACGACUUCCUCGUCAGGAACAAGUUGCCUACCCCGUCGCUGGACGCCAAUGCCCUACAGUCCAUACCUAUCCCAGAUAGUGCCACGGAUAUCAAGGCGGCGAGGAUCGCUGUGAUCGAGGCCUGUUCGGAGUUAGAGGCACUUAUGACUGGCCCGAAAGAGCUACUGAAAUUCAAAUGGACUGCCUACGCCAGCGUGAAAGCGAUCCUUCGCUUCAAGCUGGAUAAAUCCUUUCCUACGGGGGAGUCCACCUCGUUUGAGGCCAUGUCUAAGUUCUCAGGUCUUAGCGUCAUGAAUGUUCGACGCAUCGUUAGGCAUGCUAUCAUCAACCAUCAUUUCUUCCAAGAGAAUACGCCUGGGGCCAUCACGCAUUCUGCCCUGACAACUUCUCUGGCUAGUGACGAAGGAAUGCGCAAUUCCCUCAUCGUUGAGCUGGACGAAUUUUGGCCGGCGGGAGUCAAGAUGGCAGAUGCUCUAGAAAAGUGGCCAAACUCAGAAGAGAACAAUGAGACAGGGUUCGCCCUCGCUAACAACAGCAACAAAAGCAUGUACGAUAUCCUUGCUGAAUACCCCGAACGUGGAGAGAGGUUCGGACGGUACUUCUCUCAACCUGGUAGCACGGAUGACGGGAUUUUUGGCAAUUACCCCUGGGCAGAAAAGACGACCAUGGUAGACGUCGGAGGGUCACAUGGUAGUGUUGCCAUCGGCAUCGCUGAACGGUACCCGAAUAUGAAAUGCUUCGUACAGGAUCUCCCAGACACAGUCGCGGAAGGAGCGUCGCGACUGCCCGCUGAACUUCGAGAUAGGGUCACCUUCAUGGCACAUGAUUUCCUCACCGAGCAGCCACUAAGCGUGGACGUGUACUUUUUCCGAUCCAUUUUUCACAAUUGGGCGGAUAAGUAUUGCAUUAAGAUUCUUCAAAAUCUUGUGCCUGCGCUCAAACCAGGCGCAAGAAUCAUAAUUCAUGAGCGAAUUCUUCCCGGCCUCGAGAACCUCACCACAGUAGACGCCCGAAGAGCGAUCAAUCUGGACGUAGGAAUGUUGCAGCUCUUGAAUGCGCAGCAACGCGAGAUGCAUGAAUGGCCUGAACUGUUCCGCCGGGCAGAUUCUCGGUUUCAUUAUUUGGGUGCGCGCCAACCCGCUGGUGCCAUGCGAUGGAUCAUCGAAGCUGAGUGGCAGGGAUAAGAGAGUGAGUGCUGUAGGCCGCCGGAAGGAUUGCGCAGCCCGGGUAGCAUCUUGCAGCAGUCAGCCUUAGCGGUACAUGAAGG